AUGUAUAAGAGCCAACUGGUUAAGAACGACAAAGGACUGCUGUGGAUCCUGCAUUUUUGGUCCCUGCUUCUGCCCCCUCCCCUGCUGUCAGACACCCCCUGGGGCUUUGAGCGCCGUGACCUGGAGCUGGCGAAGGCACACCUGCUGGAAACCUGGCUCAGACGGAGAGGAGGGACUAAAAGAGACACAAAUGCGGUGUUGGUCCCAGCGCAGAUCCGUUGUCCUACUGAGGAGAAAUUCAGGGAGAUUGCUGCCUACAACGAGAACAGAUGGGGGGUCCCACACUGCGUUGAUACUUUGUGCGUUUGGGCCGAUGGCGCUCUGUACGGCGCUCUGUACGGCGCUCUGUACGGCGCUCUGUACGGCGCUCUGUACGGCACUCUGUACGGCGGGAUGCGUGUGCCUGGUGCGGGGCUCGCGCGUGGGCUGGGGGUACGGGGAGGCGGGGGUGAGCUGGCAGCCACGGCCCGGGCAGCGAUCAGCCGCGAGGUGUGGGAGCGCAGCCAAGGCACUCUGCAUGGCUAA